GUGAGAAGUCACACACUACAGAGAGACAGACACGCUUGCCAGCAUAGAUGGCAGGCUGCAAACCACUUGGAUCUGGUGAAGAAUGCAGCUUUGUGGAUAAAGAUGAAAUCUGGAAAGUUCAUGUCAAAAUAGAGCUUCAGUCAGCCAAAGCAUGGCCCAAUAAAUGGGGAUUCUUGACCAAGUCCUACAAGGAGAUGCAGGAGGAGAGCAACAAGCUGAAGGACGUUGUCAAAUUGGAGCUUCCCCAACAUCUUAAAACACGACCCCCUACCCCACCUGAGAAAUAUAUCCAAGUGGGACCCUCUCCCCCAGUUCCGCAGACCACCCAGGCUCAGAUUGGCUGGCGCUCGGCAGUGCCCGAGUUGCAGUUGGAGCGCUACGGAAAGGUCCAGUGUGGGAAGAAGAGCUUCCUGAAGGAGCUGGGCUGGGCCUUCGAUGCCUGCAGCUGAAAAAAAAACCUAUUCUGCCAUGACACCUACCUCCUAGGCCUUGGCGAUGCCGUGCAGACUCAAUAUUGAUGACUACUCAAUAUAUGACUUUCCCUUAUCCCCUGCUCUUUUUUGUCUUUGUCCUCCUCGCUUCCUCCUUUUUGUACUCACAUAUUCUUAAAUCCUAUGAAAUUAGCACUUUCAGCAUUUUUUAAAUAUUGAUAAAUUCUCACUAAUCAAUACAAAAUACUAUUAAUCAAUAUAAUACUAUUAAUCUGCUCUUAUUUACUUCUCUCUCACACAUUUAAUUUCAACACAAAUAUUGCAUACUAUAUCCAACAAAAUUACCACAAUGGGUGCUUGGUUAUUUUGAUCCAAUGACAAUCAUUUGAUUAUUUAUAGGAUAUUAUGUUCUCUCCUUUCAUUAUCCUGUAGUCAAUGGUGCUGUAUUCCCACAAAUGUAAUGUAAUUGUUAAGGUCCAACAUUUUCAUUUUGAGGAGGGAAUUUUAAACAAUGUUUGUUCCCAUUUGAUAUACUUGGUAUGAUUUUUUCAAUGGCAGUAUGAUUGACCAUGUAUCAAUAUCUUAUCUUGCAAUUUAGCCUAUAUUCUGUUCGGUUUCAUAAGAUUUGUAUAACAAAUUAAGAUUUUUACAACAAAUUAAAGUAGACUUUAGGGGCUCUCGAGUGGCCGGGAGACCCAUGAGGCGGCGCACAAUUGGCCCAGCAUUGUCAGGGUUAGGGGAGGAUUUGGGAUUUCCUUGUCCCAACGCA